AUGCUGUUCUCGCGCGCGUCUCGCUGCCUACGACGCGCCUCAGCGCUCACCACGAGUCUUCGAACCUUCGCGUCCAGCUCCAGUCGCGUCAAUUUGGCGGUCGUAGGCACCGGGCGCAUGGGACGUAUCCGCUUGACUGGAAUGCAGAACGACCCACGCGUCUCCAUCGCUGCGAUCAUCGAUUCCAAUGCCAGUGCCGAGCAACUUCAAGAAUUGAGUAGCCAAUACGGAGCCGAGUGUUUUACAACUCUCGCGGAUGCUAAGCACGCUCUGCAGCAGCGAAACGAAACUGUCGACGGCAUCUGGAUCUCCACGCCUACCCACACGCACUUAGAGCUCGUGAACGACUGCGCCACCGGGGUUUUGGGCACAAAAGUCAAGGCCAUUGGCAUUGAAAAACCGGUUGCCGCUUUGGUAAAUGAGAUCGACACAGCAUACCAAACGUGUCACAAGAACGACGUGAAGCUCUUCUGUUCCUUUCAGCGUAGAUUCGACCCCAGCUACGAGGCGCUGCGCGUCCAAUGCGUGGAUAAGCAGAGCAUUGGCAAGCUACAAUCGAUCCAUACAGUAUUCCGGGACCACCCGUGUCCUCCAGUCGAGUUCCUCAAGACCGGAGGUGACCCGUUCCAUGAUCUCGCCGUGCACGACAUCGACUACGUGUGCAAUCUCGUAGGCGAAUAUCCUACCAAGGUGUAUGCACAUGGAACUAGCCUAUCAGCCGAGCUGAGAGAGCUCAACGUCAUGGAUAAAGCCAGUGUCUGGCUUGAGUUCCCUACCACCGGUGUGGUUUGCACCAUGGACUUAAGUCGUAGUGCUGAAUAUGGCUACGACCAACGCAUUGAAGUAGCUGGCGAAAACGGCAUGCUACAGGUGCAAAAUCCGAGCAAGACAGCCAUGAUGCAGUCCACAAAGGCUGGCAUUACUGCUGAUACAUUGCUGCACUCGUUCCCGGAGCGAUUCCGUGAGGCUUAUCAGCUCGAACUCGGCAGCUUCAUCGACGUCAUUCAGGGCAACGCCAACCCGCGCGUACACUGGGGAGCGUCGCGAAUGAACACUAUUAUCGCAGAGGCCGCUCGCAUUGCUGCGGUCGAGAAGAAGGUCGUCACCAUUAAGUAUACCGGUACCAAACAGGUAGCACCCAGUUCUGACCCCAUUUUAGAAUGCGAGUACGAGUUCUAA